AUGGGCAAAGUGCACUUUUAUGCCAUCUGGUCUUUACGAGAAGCACCUCGCCAGUUUAUACGAAAUGUCAGCCGUACGAUGUACCAGGUUCAGAUGCCGUUGCCUUUGCCAAAACAGCUCAUAGUGUUUGGUUUGGGAGAAUGGUCGUCCUCCUUCUCCAACGAUACUGAGAUCUCUGUGGAGGUUCUGCUGGGGCCGGACAUUAAAUCACAGGUCAUCGGGACACUUUCACCACACUCCAGGUGUUUGAUCUGGCAAGGCGUUUGGACUCCUGAAGUUGUGGCUGAAGCUGCACAGAGAGGCAGGAGGGGAGAUUAUGCCAAACUCCUGCUCAAUGUCACUGGACAGGUGAAGUCCAGUUUUAUUAGCAGCACUCCACGGGUGACGAGGAAACGUUCAUCGCUGAGUCAGUCCUCCAACCCAUCCAGCACUCUUCUCAGCAGUGCAGACACUCAUGAUAUCAGCCAGAGAUCUCCUCCAGAGGGAAGCAUCAGCUGCGCAGAGCUGGCAAAAAGCAGAAUGGAGACCCGGGAAAACGCUCUGCUCCAUGUUCAGGGUGUGUGGCCAAUGGAUAAGACUCCAAGGCGCUCUGUUAUAGGCAUAAAAGGAUAUGUUUGGAGUUCUGAAGAACUGGAAAGCUUUCAGGAUCCAAUUCCAGGUUCAAGCCCAAAGAAGCGCAAGCUGUCUAAAAUGUCUGCGGUGGAUUUGGAGGAUGAGGCGGCUGUCAAACGUGUGAAGAGUUGCAGAGCUGACUGUCCAUCGAAGCGCUGGAGCCAUGCAAUGUGUUUGAGUGAUCCUGAAACGGCCAUUCUGAUUGGUGGGGAAGCUGAUGACCAGGCCACCUGUAAAGACUCUAUAUGGAAACUGGAGAUUGAAAAUGAUUUCUGGUUCCCCAUGGACGUCUCCUCGUCAGAGUUCUGCCCUCCAAACUCUCAAGGUCACUCUGCAACCUAUGAUCCCGAGUCUAAAGUGGUCUAUGUGUACGGUGGUCUCAGAGAAGGCCAGCGAUACAGUGACAUUCAUGUACUCGACACUACAACAUGGAAGUGGAAACUUAUUUCUGCGAAGGGAAACAUACCGUCAUUGGCGUAUCACAGUGCUACUGUCUAUAAGAAGGAGCUGUAUGUGUUUGGAGGGCUGCAGCCCAGCCGGUGUCCUGAAGGCAGAGUUUGCAGUAACGCUCUGUACAUCUUUAACCCCGAGCAUGGUCUGUGGUAUCAGCCCAUCGUGGAGGGUGACCGGCCUCUGCCCAGGUUCGGGCACUCCACCACACUGCUGUCUAACAAGAUGGUCAUUUUUGGUGGGAGAAAAACAGCCACUUACCUCAACGAUCUUCACAUCCUGGAUCUUGGCUUCAUGGAAUACACAGCUGUAAAGCACGAGAACAUGCCCCCAUUGGCCCGUGGGUUUCACGCUGCUCUACCAGUGUCUGACAACAGGGUGCUGAUCAGCGGAGGCUGCAGUGCUGUUGGAGCCUUACAGGACCUUCAUCUCUUUAACAUAGAUAGCAACUCCUGGACAUCACUGGUGUCUCCAUCUCUGUGCUGUAAGCCCCGCGCAGGGCACAGUCUGAUCAGACUGGGCUUUACAAAGCCUUCAGAGCUGAGGGAUGCCAGGGACCGGCACCAUGGCAACAGCCCCUCUCUACAGUGUGCCAUCCUGAUGUUUGGAGGGUCGGACUGUUCGGGAACAUUUUAUAACGACACCGUUAAAUGUACAGUUCAACUCCCUGUUUAGGGUCAGGGACUUUUUUUAAUUCUUAGAAAUGAAUAUAGGGUACAAAAACAUUGUGAAGCACUUUUAGAAUGAGUAUUUUUAAAUGUUGCAGUGUUGCAGUUUUAGCACGAACAGCUGUUUUACAGCUACUGAUUUUAUAUGAAUUUCUUUUAGAGCAAGCAAAGCCUUCACUCGCACUAGCAGAUACACAUGUAGAUUUGUAUUUAGCACACUCAGAGCCUCUGUAUUUUUGUGCAAUAAAUCUUUUCUCUUCUUUUGCACGUAUUUUACACGUUUGUUCACGUUUUGCUUUGUAUGUUUGACUUGUGUUGCACUUCCACUUUCUUCUCACUGACAUGUACAGCUCAUCUCUUGUUCCUAGAUGUCUGAAAGUUGCAAAAGAAGCAACUCUAUUCUUUUCACCAAAGCAAUAAA